CUCGCGCUGUCGUCAUUUCCUGUAAGAAGGUAAAGUGGACCCAAAGAAAAGUGAUGUGCUAUGGAUUAUCUUCCUAAACCUGGUCUUUUCAGCAUAAUCGCUGGAGUUGCCUGUGGGGUAUGCCUCGGCUGGGGCAUUCGCGCCCGCUUCGUCCGGCCGUCCAAUAUCAAAAUGGUCCUGACUGCCAACGAACUGGGCAACGAAGCCAGCGUGAUGGGCGAGUCUGGAGAAUUCAAGAUGGUGAUGGUUGUCCGGAACGACCUGAAGAUGGGCAAAGGCAAAGUGGCCGCCCAGUGUUCCCACGCGGCGGUUUCGGCCUACAAACAAGUCCAGCGCCGAAACCCCGAACUUCUCAAGCAGUGGGAGUAUUGUGGGCAGCCCAAAGUGGUUCUCAAGGCUCCCGAUGAGGAAACACUUGUUCAGCUCCUGGCUGAGGCUCAAGGGCUUGGCUUGACGGUGAGCUUAAUCCAAGACGCAGGCCGCACUCAGAUAGCCCCUGGCUCGCGGACUGUGCUGGGCAUCGGACCAGGACUGGCUGAGAUCGUGGACAAAGUUUCCGGACAUUUAAAACUCUACUGAGUCUGUCGUGUGCGGCGGAAAUAUUAGAAAAUCAAGAGUGAAUUUAAAACAAAAAUUGGAAAGCCCACAAAACGCCAAAAACAAUGACGAUCAAAUUCAAUCAUGUUUUCCCCCAUUGUCCUCAUUUGGUAUACAUAAAACACACCACGUAUCUA